AUGACUUCCACGACGCCACUGCCAAAACCUCUGCCCGAACAAGAGCACCCGCGAGAUCAACCGACUCACCCAGCAUCUACGCCACAGGGCUCGGCAGUUCCGAAGACGAUACCUCUAGAAAAGCGAGGCACAAAGUUCCCGCAAAAUAACCGUCCCACCCACUUUGUCUGUUUCCCGCUUGUCAGCGACGAAUCAGUCUCCCAGCUCUCCAGAUCCCUGGCACACUUCAGAUCGCUCACCACGCCUUUACCUUCUACAGAGCGUGGUGCUGCUCCCGAGAGAGAUGGCGAGGGACAGGAGCUUGACCCUAACUCCACGGCACCAGAGCAAGCCGGGAACGAAACACAGGGUCGAGAUGCCGAUCAGGCAUUGAGAAUCAUUCCCGAGUCGGCGCAUCGCCCGCCUGGGACGUUUCAUUUGACUCUCGGGGUCAUGCACCUCCCCAGCGCGGAUGAUCUGGAAAAUGCCGUGGCCGUGCUUCAGCAGAUUGAUUACCUGGAUUUGCUCAGGCGAGCAGAGCUCGGUGGAGGAGACAAAUCUGGGCGGGGGAGGAAUCAGAAACGGCCAAAAAGCGAAGCCGUUGACACAGCUGGAGAAAUCCCAUCGUCCUCAAUAGUACAGACGCAGGAAGAAAGUCAGUCGGUCAGAGCUAAAGAUGCAGACCACGAACCCGAAGAGAAGGGCAGCCUGCAUGAGACAGCAAAAGAAGUCGGCGCAGCACUGUCUUCACCACUCCAAACAAUCCAAUCCCUAACGAGAGAAAUCUCACCACCACGCGUCUCUGCACCUUCACUAUCCUCCCCAUAUGAAUCUAGAGCUCCAGACACUCAGCCACCACCGAUAACCAUCUCCCUGACCUCCCUAGGCACGUUCCCCUCUACCCGCUCCGCCCGGGUUUUCUACGCACACCCUCAUGACCCCACGGGCCGUCUACAGAGGUUUGGAAACAUGGUCCGUGACAUCUUCCGAGACGCGGGCCUCAUCGCCGAGACGCGACCUUUGGUUCUGCACGCUACAGUCGCGAAUCUGAUAUACGUGAAGGGUAAGGGGAGAGGGAGGGGCCGGAGCGGGGGCGGGAAAUGGAAAGGAAAGAGUCGAGGUGGAGACGACGGGAAUGUCGACGCACGGGGGCUUUUGAGGCUGUUCAACCAGGGACGAGACACCGUUACAGAUGCUGGGAGUCGUCUGGAAGGGGCACCGACAACCUCAGAGCCUUCAGAUCAGCCGGUGGCGGCGCCCUUCAUCUGGGCCGAGAAUAUCUCGAUCCGUAGCAUCCGCAUCUGCAAAAUGGGCGCUGUACCCUCGGCCACUCCGGGCUGGGGGCUCGAGUACCCUCCCGUCGCGGAGAAGGUAUUUCAAGACUGA